UAUUUUUUCUAUUUCUAGUAUAUUAUUUAAUUACUGUUUUUAAUGAUUUUAUUGCUUCUAAUACAUUAUUCUUAAAAUAUAGUGGAUUUAUUUUAUAUGUAAUUAAGUGUGAUAACAUACUUGUGAACCUACGAUUCAGUCCCCAAAGUAGAAUAUUAUUGAUAACAUUAUCUGUAUGUUUUUUCCAGUAAAGAGGUGUGAAUUAAAGAGAUUAGUCAUUUACUAUAAUUUAAAUAUUGUUGGAUUUUGCAUCAUGGCACUCAUUUCCCUGAAUGCCAUCCUACACGUCUUUCCAUGGUAUCUCUAGGGCAUAAUUCCCAUGUUUGGAAUAACUGCUUGAUGGCUUUUCUCUUUAUGAUGGAAAAGUGUUUGUAGUUGUCAAGAUUUAUAUAUAGCAAAGUAAGAAUUAAAUUUAGGACACAGUUUCUCAUCCUUGGAACCACGGACAUUUUGUACCAGAUAAUUCUAUUGUGAGUGGGUGUCCUGGGAAUUAUAAAGGUUUUGCAGUGUCCUAGACCUCUACCCAUUUGUAUCAGUAGUGUUCCCCUGUUCAAAUAUCUUUAGACAUUGCCAGAUGUUCUCUGGGGAUGUGAAGUACAGGGAGAGGGGAGGUUGUCCCUGCUGAGAACCAUUGGUUUAAGGUUAAUCUGGCUCUGCUUUUAUAGACUACUCUGUUACACCCAGGAUGGAGUGCAGUGAUGAGUGAUCAUAGCUCACUGCAACCUUAAACUCCCAGGGGUUUAAGUGAUCCUCCCACCUUGGCCUCCCAAAAUGGUGAAAUUGCAGAUGUGAACCACCACACCCAGCCCAGUGAAUUUGUUUUUAGAAUGUUCUCAAAAAUAUACUUAUAUUGUUAAAUAAGAGACUAAAAUAAUUCCAUACCAUGUUUCUUGACAGAAAAACUAUUAAAAUAUAUAAAAUUUCUUUCUUUAUGAACCAAAAUAUGUUUUGUUUUGCUAAUUAAUGUGAGAUAUUUUGGAAAAAUGGUAAAGAAGUGCAGUCAAGACAUAGUGACUAAUAACGGAUUCUUUUCUUAAAUUGUAUGCUUAGGCUAAUUCUCACAAAGUCUUUUUGUUUGGGUCUGUGACAGAUCUUACAGAAGAUCUUUUAGACCCAUGUUUCUUACCAAAAUUAAAGAAUUAAGUCGGAAUCAAUCUCCCACAAUGUCUCAUUUAAGAAAGGAUUUGCAGACCAGCAGCCCUCCAGAUGAUGCAGUGGUCACUAAUGGCCUCCUGGACCUUCCAGGAAGAUUUGAGCUGUCCGGGAAAAGCAGACAGUAUUCACUGGAUGUAUUGGAACCCACACCCAGCAUUGGGGAUGUUAAGGACAUUAAAAAAGCAGCCAGGUCUGUCCUAGACCUGGCAAAUAAAUCUCAUUUCCACCCUGUGACCCCAAGUUUAGUAUUCUUGUGUUUUCUAUUUGAUGGAUUACACAAGGCAUUACUAAGUAUUGGUGUGAACAAGAGGUCUAAAGUGGUUGGGAACGAGAACAAGGAAAUGGGUACUCCUUAUGCUAGCAGUUUUAAAGAUAUGCCUAAUUUUAUUGCCCUUGAGAAGUCAUCAGUUCUCUGCCACUGCUGUGGCCUUUUGAUAGACAUUGUCGCCAGAUCAAGUAAGAUUGGAACCAGCAGUCUCCAAGUUCAGAGACGAUUCAAAGCAAUUGUGGUAUCUAUUGGAAAACUUUCACAUGGUGAGAGUACUGAUCUGCUGAUCAGCUACAAUGCAGGAUCAGCCAUAGGUUACAUUAGCUCAAGACCAUGGGUUGGAGAAUUAAUGUUCACAUUUCUAUUUGAAUUUGAAUUCCCUGAAUUUAAGCUACUUGAUCAAGUCAAGCUAGUUGCCAAGAAAGCACAGAGGACAACCUGUUAUGCUGUAACAAUGUUUCUAGAUCAGUGCAUGAGUGGCUCCACUGCUCUACCUGCCAUUGUGUCUAAGAUCCCAGUCUUUGAGGAGAGAAAAAAAAAACAACGGUAAAAAGGCAUUGGGAAGUAUUUUGAGUUUGGAAGUGUACUUGCCUCACCAUGAAUGUUCCCAAACUUAGCAACAGCAGCAAACCACUGGGCCAAGAGGAGCAACCCCACAUUUUCAGGAUUUAAAGCUCCUGGUGUUAUACCAGGAUCAGUCAUCACACUCCCUUUGCUUCAAAUAACAUCCACGUAUAAGAUCUCGAAGGGGAGCAUUGGUGGAAUCAUGGAUCCAUCCACUCAAAAAAAAAAAAAAAAAAAAAAAAGGCACUGGGUACGGUGGCUCAUGCCUGUAAUCCCAGCACUUUGGUAGGCCAAGAUGAGCAGAUCACUUGAGAUCAUGAGUACAAAACCAGCCUGGCCAACAUGGCAAAACCCCGUCUCUACUAACAAUACAAAAAAUAGGUGGGCAUGGUGGUGCACAUCUGUAAUCCAGCUACUUGGGAGGCUGAAGCACAAGAAUCACUUGAACUAGGGAGGUGGAGGUUGCAGUAAAUCGAGAUUGCACCACUGUACUCCAACUUGGGUGACAGAGCCAGAUUCCAUUUCAAAAAUUAAAAAAAAUUGUCAUCCAUAAGUAUAUUUU